AUGACGCGAUUGUAUCCCGGAAGGAUGAGCUCGUAUCAUGAUUUACAGGUGAUGGGCAUCCGGGGACAGCGACGCAGCGUUGAUGUGAAGUGUCAUGGGAAACGCAAGCAUGCCAUGGCCGUUUUUGGGCUUGCCAAUGAUGUUGCCUGUGUUUCCUGUGAUCGGAAACUUGGCUGCGAUGCCCCUGAUGCAUCACUCAUUAUAUUUCGUGAGCAGACGAUGUCUAAUCAAACUGGGAUUUCAGAAAUGAUAUUGGUGGGAUUUCCCGGGAUAACAGAAGACUACAACACCUUGAUAUCCGCCAUGAUGUUCCUGGUGUAUAUAACAUCACUGACGGCCAAUGGGAGCGUCAUCUGUCUGGUCACUCUGAAUACACACCUGCACCAGCCCAUGUACCUGAUCAUAGCAAAUCUCGCCGCCUCAAACCUUUUAUUUGACACAGCGACUCUACCAAAACUAAUCGCCAAGUACUGGUUCGGUGCCUACUCCAUGCCCUUCAAUGUGUGCGUCUUCCAGAUGUUCUGCGUUCAUUACUUUGGAAGCCUUGAUUCCUUCCUCCUGAUGGUGAUGGCGGUGGAUCGUUACAUGUCUAUUUGCCAUCCCCUGAGAUACGCCGCCAUUAUCACCAACAAAACGGUUUUCAUUACUUGCGGCAUCUGCUGGGUUUGUUUUGCAACUUCUACAAAUGCAACUAUUGCCGCUCAGGCUUCACAACUCGACCGAUGUGGCGCUAACAAGAUAUAUACUUUAUUUUGUACCCAUGCCGCAAUCUCAGCCUUAGCGUGUUCAGAUGCAACAUACAUGAGAAGAGUGGCCUUUGUGUGUGCUAUGGUUGUGCUCCUAGUGCCCUUAGGGGUUAUAUUGCUGUCGUACACCCUGAUAAUAGCGGUGAUCACCGCCCGCUCCGAUAGUUGGCGCAGAGCAUUCUACACCUGCACCACCCAUCUGCUGGUUGUGGGGUUAUAUUAUGUUCCCCGGAUCUUUGUCUACAUUGUAACGAACAUUCCUUUAGUUAUAAUUAAGCCUAAUAUCAAUGCCUUGCUUCUGUUCCUGUACUCUGUGGUGCCCCAUAUGGCCAAUCCCAUUAUAUACUUUCUGAGGACAAAUGAAAUCAGACAGACUUUACAUAAAGUUCUCAAGAAAACCAGGCACAGACUAACCCUUGGGGUUUUAUAUAAGAACUAA